AGUAGCAGGUUAAUUGGCCUACCUCGCGGUGCGAAAUGCGGCCCAAAAUGCGGCACCGAUCGGUCGGGAUCUUCCAAGUUUUGCUAAUCUCCGGUUACCUAACCAGCGUUUACUGCCAGACCGAGAACGAGAGCUUCGAGAGCGUUUUCGGCCUGAGGGAAUCCCCAGAAACCGAGCCAGCCCUCGGGGACUCCCAGGACCAGGGUGCUGGACACGUGGGGGUCCCCGAGGAGGGCCUGGAGGACCUGGACGAGACGGGGCAUCCCGAGGAACCCUCGAACCAGGAUAAAAGACCCGACCAAAAUGGGGAAAUCCCUCUCGAGGCUACUCCACCAGAUCAUCCUGAGGAGCAUCCUCUGGAGGCGCCGGAGUCCCCAGGACCUCUUGGCAUCUCCAGGAGGAUAAACCUCGAUAGAAGCGGUAAAUAUGUCGCUUAUGAUUCGGAUGCACCUGACGCCGAUCGGUACGCCCCUCGACCUGAAGAUUCGGUCGGCAAUUACACAAUUACCGAGACCAGAUUACGGGAAAUUCGAUCGAAAUUUAUGUACUGGUAUUUCGACAAAGGCGGUGAUAACGACAUGGGCGAUUAUCAGACCGACAUUCACUCCUCCACCCCGCAGAUUCACAAGAACUUCAACUUUCAACUACCCUUCUAUGGAUUUCGCUACAAUUACACCAGGUUGUCCAUGAAUGGCUUUUUGGAGUUCAGCGAUCCACCCGAGCAUUACACCUACCCCCUCGUAUUUCCCAUUAAGGAUUGGCCCAGGAAGAACGACCCCAGCUUCAUCGGCAUCUUCUUCAGCAAAUGCCGGAUAGGAAAGCUGAGACCCACAGACCUAGACCAAAGAAGCCCUGGGGUGUACUUCAGAUUGGAGAGAGAUCUGCAAACAAGGACGGAUAAGUUUGGCGUAGAAAUGCGAGAACGAGUUAAGUGGGACAUCCGAGAAGGUGUGGUAGGAUCAGACUCCUUCCUGCCGAAACACGCGGUGAUAAUAACUUGGAAGAACAUGUCCUUUGCCGGAGGUAUCGACAAUUCCUUGUACACGACUAACACCUUCCAAAUGGUCCUGGCGACCGACGAGGUGUACACUUACGCGAUUUUCAAUUACCUGGACAUCCAAUGGACCAGCCACACGGAAGCUGGAGGAGACACCACCAAAGGAGAGGGUGGAGUACCGGCCUACAUAGGGUUCAAUGCCGGGAAUGGAACUCAAAGUUACGAGUACAAGCCGUAUUCUCAGAUGUCCACGUUGAGGGAUCUGACGGGAAGAGGAUGGGCAAAUGGAUUUCCUGGACGGCACAUUUUCAGGAUCGACGAGAAAAUUAUGCUCGGUACAUGUAACAAAGACAUCGCUGGAGCUCAUCUGCCGUUGGUUUUCGCCCCAGAAAGUGGGAACAUGCUUGGAGGCACCGUGGUUAAUAUUACCGGUCCAUGUUUCGAUAAAAAUGAUAAAGUAAGGUGCCGAUUCGAUACCGAAGAAGUCGUGGGAACAGUUAUCGAUACCAAUCGAGCUAUUUGCAUUCAACCCUUUGUACAAGCCGAAGGAUACAUCAGAUUUGCAGUCGCAAUCGGUAGUGGAAGGUACGACUGGAAGGGGAAAUAUUUCAUAGAAACACCAGCGACGGCUACAGAGAAAAUAUUCUUUUCAACUAGAGCCGUACACGAAAGAGAACCCACAGAAAUCCACAUAACAUGGAACAAGUACAAUUUGACAAGCAAUUUAAAUGCCGCGGUGCAAAUUUCAUUAUGGGGAUAUCGCGAGACGACCAUUAGACCCGAACUGGAGUACAUUGAUAUAUUGGAGGAAGGUGCAACAAAUACCGGAGCAUACACCAUUGCACCUCCCAUGUACAGAAACAGAGAAAAUCCUCGGCAUCAGGACAUGUACUUUGGAUUUAUUCAAAUUAAUUUAACUAAUCCCACGCAGUAUUCCGGAUUGGAGAUUACACCUGUUCUGUGGAGCAAGCCUAUACCCCUUGGAUGGUACUUCGGACCACAAUGGGAACAAAAGCAUGGAUAUCGGUGGCCUCAACGACUCUGUGACAAGUGGAUCAAGGAUGACAGAUAUUUGAAGAAUUUCGCAGCCGAAGUGUCACUUUGUCCAUGCACCCUCGAGCACGCCUUAUACGAUAAAGGCCGGUAUCUUCCCGACUAUGAUUGCGAUAAAGAUUCCAAUCCCGAUUGCUAUUACAACCGAGGAGCCAUCCAUUGUGUCAAAACUGGAGCACCAAAUUUGGAUGGGUCGGAGCAGCAGUGCUGUUACGAUAAAAAUGGCUUCCUGAUGCUGACCUACGACCAACAGUGGGGCUCCCGUCCACAUCGCUCGCACAAUUUGGGAUUUCUUCCAUGGAACGAAGCGAACAAGGUCCCCAGUCUUUCGAAUUGGUUCCACGACAUGGUACCGAUGUACCUCUGCUGCCUUUGGCAAGAGGAACAAGCCGUAGGGUGCGAAACUUUCAGGUUCGAGAGAAGACCAUCCCAAGAUUGCGUGGCUUAUCAGUCGCCAGCCAUUGCUUCCGUUUUCGGGGACCCACACGUUGUAACAUUCGACGGCUUGGAAUAUACUUUCAACGGGAAGGGAGAGUUCGUAUUGGUCAAGGUGGACACCAUAAAAGACAAGUUGGACGUCCAAGGAAGAUUCGAGCAAAUGUCGAACAAUUUUUAUGGAGAAGUUCGCGCUACUCAGCUGACCUCAGUGGCAGCUAGGGGCAACAAUUCAGCUACGAUAGAAGUAAGACUUCGUCCUCAACAUGCACAGUGGAGGUAUCGCCUUGAUGUAUUUGCUGACGGAAGACGUGUCUACUUUGAUAGGCAAUCUCUGAAGUUUCAACACUUCGCUGGAGUUGUAGUGUACACCCCGACUUAUAUUUUAAAUCAGAGCGAAGUGAUAAUUAUGUUCGAUACAGGUGCUGGGAUUGAAAUCGUUGAAAAUCAAGGCUUCAUGACCGCCAGAGUUUAUCUACCAUGGAUAUACAUGAACAAAACAAGAGGUUUAAUGGGAAACUGGAGUUACGAUAUUACGGAUGAUUUCACAAAUCCCGACGGAAUAGUCUCCGCGAUAAGUAAUAUUAAUAAUUUCGAGACCGUCCACCGAGAAUUCGCUAUUAAUUGGCUUUUAGAAGACAGAGAAGACAAAUACAAGGGAGCUGCGUUGUUCACAAGAGAAUUUGGUAGAACGGCUAGUUAUUAUGCAAAUCGCACAUUCGUGCCGGAAUGGCGGAAGCUACCGGAAGAAUUUUUGACACUCAACAGGACUGACGACAUAAUUCGAGCUCACGACCUUUGCGGAGAUUCGUACCAAUGUCAGUACGAUUAUGCAAUGACACUUAAUCGGGACUUAGCUCAUUUUACGAAGAAUUACUACGACACUUAUACUCAAAUAAGGGCAAUUAAUAACAGAAGAACCAUUUCCUGUGGAAUUUUGGAGACGCCAAGAUUUGGCAGGAAGAGCAAUUUUUUAUUUAUUCCCGGGACUAGAGUGACAUUCGAAUGCAAUCAGGACUUCGUGCUGGUUGGUGAUCAACGAAGAGUUUGCACACCAGAAGGACGAUGGAAUGCUCCCGAGUACGGCUACACGGAAUGCCUACGUCAGAUCGAGUAUGCCCAGCGAACGGCUUGGACGACAAUGGGCAUAAUUAGUGCGGUAUUAAUUCCCGUGAUAGCGUGCAUCGCAGGUGCAUUCGUGUGCAUAAGAAAGUCCCAGGUGCAGGAGAGCUCGGUAAAGUCCUGGCGGUUCUCCGAGAGGAGUGAUAACGAUAACGACUCGCCGGUAUCGCGGCAUAGCACGUCGUUGAAGUCAUUCGUAAGACCCACUUCCCCAAGGGGCGAAACCGGCCCUGGUGGGAUAAGUCCAGCUAGAAAACGGAGAAGUUACGACGGGGUUUAUCGGACCCACGAGCCUCUUCCGAACAAGCCUUUCAUAGAUUUCGAGGAGAAAGACUUUGACUUGAAAGAGCCCAAUUCUCCGACCGGCUCUGACUCUACCACGGGCUCUGAUAAAAAACCUGCUAGCCCGAGUAGAGAAAGUGACGUUUAAGGCUCUACAUAAAUUUAGAAUAUUCCACUGAUGGGAUAAGUGUACUUUGUACCCCUAGAUGAAGUUUCAUCGAACCAGAGAUGAUAUCGUUCCUUCGAUCGGUACCAAAGAAAUGUCAAGAGACUCGGUAGAGUUUCGAGCCAAAUGCAUUUGCGCGAGAAACUCCCCUAGUAGCACUGAAUAAUUUCUAAAUAUUUCUUUGUAAUCUGCGCUGAAUAUCUCAAGCGACAGAUUUUUUUAAAGAUUUCUUGUAGACUUCAUUCGAAGAUAUCCGAAAUAUUUAUUGAAAAUCUCAAUGACAUAUUUAAUAUCAAAAAGCUCGGUAGAGUUUCGAGCCAAAUUAUUUCACUCAAUUGAGCUCUAAUUAAUCAUCGUAAUUCAGAGGAAAUGUUACGUCCUAUUUAUUCGAGGUUCACCCGCGUACUUUGCAUACAUAUUCGUAGGGUAGUUAAUAUUUUUUACUGAACGACACAGUGCCUUGGAUCAUUGUUAAUGCAUACCGUAGUUGUGGAAUAGAAAUGCGCUUUGUUAUAAUGAUUCGAUAUAGCAAUAAUCAGGCGAUUCUUAUAUCCAGGAUGUAUGGUAUUUAUUUGUACAACAAUUGUAUCUUUCACUUUACGCUAUCCGGAGAAUUAAUAAAGCUUUUCCAUACGUAA